AUGCUCGACGCGGUGGCUGUCAUCGACGACAUCGGUCUCGCCAAGAAAGGCGACUUUCGCGCCACGCUCCGAACGCUACUCGUUCACCGGAAGGACGAUUUAGCCCUGUUCGACGAGGCGUUCGACGUCUUCUGGCGGCAGCCGAAGGACCCGCAGACGACGAUGGACCUGCGUUCGAUGGGUGAGCAGCGCCGGUUCCGUCAGCCGCAGGUGGGGCCUCCUACCCGGCUCGUCUACGAACGGACAGGACGGGGCUGA